CAAAGCGUUCGCAACGUAAAACAUAAAAUAUUUUGUGCCCUAAAAUUUGUUCAAAUAUUUGUUUUGCCGCAAUGUGCUGAAAAUUCCAGAAAAAAGAGACAAAAAUGUGGCAUGGAAUUAUUGUGUUGUGCUGCAUGUGGAGUGCAUUUUUGUUGCACGAAACUCUGCAGCAAGAAAUCAACAUUGGCGCCUUUUUCUAUGACAAUGAACUGGAGCUGGAAAAGGAAUUUCUGGCUGUUGUAAAUUCCAUUAAUGGACCCGAAGCGGAGCAAACGUUAAGAUUUAAUCCGUUGAUAAAACGCCUGAAGCCCGAAGAUGGAAGCGUUAUUCUGCAGGAAUACGCAUGCGAUCUCAUAGAUAAUGGUGUCGCAGUUAUUUUUGGACCAAGUUCACAAUCGGCCAGCGAUAUCGUUGCCUUGGUGGCCAACAAUUCUGGCGUACCCCACAUAGAGUUCGAUGUGGCCGACGAGGAGCACAUGGAGGAGAAGCCCAACCAUCAGAUGACGCUCAAUAUGUAUCCCUCGCAGCUAAUACUCUCGAAGGCCUACGCGGAUAUAGUUCAUAAUUUCGGUUGGCGUAAGUUCACAAUAGUCUAUGAUGCAGACGAUGCCAGGGCCUCUGCUCGUCUGCAGGAUCUGCUGCAGUUGCGCGAGGUGCACAACGAUGUGGUUCGAGUCCGCAAAUAUCAGAAGGGCGACGACUUUCGCGUCAUGUGGAAGAGCAUCAAAGGCGAGCGUCGUGUGGUGCUCGACUGUGCGCCCGAUAUGCUCGUCGAGCUGCUCAACUCCUCUUCCGAGUUUGGACUGACGGGACAGUUUAAUCACAUUUUCCUCACCAAUCUAGAGACGUACAACGACCAUUUAGAGGACCUAACGGCAGACAAUGAAACAUUUGCUGUGAAUAUAACAGCAGCUCGACUGCUGCUCAAUCCAGAGCCGCCGCCACACUUUCAGCUGUAUGGCUAUGUAACGCAGCGAGACAACGUUGUCUCCGAGAACCCUGAGCCGCCGCGCACUUUGCUACAUGACCUGCUCUACGAUGGACUUCAGCUGUUUGUGCAGGCCUGGCGCAACGCUUCCUACUUCUAUCCGGAUCGAAUGCUGGUGCCGCGCUUGAAUUGUGACUCGGCCGCUGCGGGCGGUCGGUCCUGGCAGAUGGGUCGCUAUUUGACGCGCCUAAUGAAGGGGACUUCCGGCGUGGGCAGCUCUAACUUUCGCACCAGCCAUUUGCAAUUUGACGAGGAUGGACAGCGGAUUAACUUCAAUAUUGAAAUUUAUGAUCCCACGGAUAAUAUAGGUGUGGCCGUCUGGGAUACGAGGGGCCAAAUCACACUUCUCGACGUCGAGAUGAAGGUGCAGAAGAAAAUUGUCUAUCGCGUCGCCACGCGCAUCGGCCCGCCCUACUUCAGUCGCAAUGAAACGGCCAUGGAGCUAAAUAUGACAGGCAAUGCCAUCUAUCAGGGCUAUGCCGUGGACCUUAUCGAUGCCAUUGCCAAUGAGGUGGGCUUCGAGUACGUCUUCGUGCCAGUCGCCGAUCAGCAGUAUGGCAAGCAGGACAAGGACACCAAGCAAUGGAAUGGCAUCAUUGGUGAAAUUAUCAACAAUGACGCCCACAUGGGCAUCUGUGACCUGACCAUCACUCAAGCACGUCGCACUGCGGUAGAUUUUACGGUGCCCUUUAUGCAGCUGGGCGUCAGCAUUUUGGCCUACAAGAGUCCGCCCAAGGAGAAGGAGCUGCACGCCUUCUUGGAGCCAUUUGGCGGCUCGGUCUGGGUGUGGAUACUCAUCUCGGUGUUUGCCAUGUCCUUUCUAAAGGUGAUCAUAGCGCGUAUCGCCAAGGCGGAGUGGGAGAAUCCGCAUCCGUGCAAUCGUGAUCCGGAUGCGCUGGAGAAUCAGUGGCAUCUGCACAACACCUUCUGGCUGACCGUGGCCUCCAUCAUGACGGCUGGCUGUGACAUCUUGCCGCGCAGUCCGCAGGUGCGUCUCUUCGAGGCCACCUGGUGGAUCUUUGCCAUUAUCAUAGCCAACUCGUACACCGCCAACCUGGCUGCCUUCUUGACCAGCUCCAAGAUGGAGGGCAGCAUAACGGACCUCAAGGGUCUCAGCUCACAGAAGGCUGUCAAAUUCGGCACGAUUUACGGCGGCAGCACCUACAACCUGCUGGCGGAUUCAAAUGAAACGGUUUAUCGCUUGGCCUUCAACUUGAUGAACAACGAUGAUCCGUCGGCCUACACCAAGGACAACGACGAGGGCGUCGAGCGCGUCCUGACCAGCAUGGGCGACUAUAUGUUCCUCAUGGAAACCACCACGCUGGAGUACAAUCGCGAACAGCACUGCGACUUGCGCUCCGUCGGCGAGAAGUUCGGCGAGAAGCAUUAUGCGAUUGCCGUGCCCUUCGGGGCGGAGUAUCGGUCCAACUUGAGUGUCGCCAUCUUGCGGCUGAGCGAACAAGGCGAACUUUAUAAUCUGAAGCAAAAGUGGUGGAAGAACUCGAACUCCACCUGCAUGGAGGAGCCCGAUCCGGACGCCACGCCCGACAUGAACUUCGAGGAGCUACGCGGCAUUUUCUACACGCUCUACGUGGGCAUUCUGAUUGCCUUCAUCAUUGGCAUUACCGAAUUUAUGGUCUUUGUGGGGCAGGUGGCGUUGGAGGAGCGCCUCACCUAUAAGCAAGCGCUGAUUAAGGAACUGCGCUUCGUGCUCUGCGUGUGGAACAACAAGAAGCCCAUUGUAAGCGGCACGCCCUCUCCCAGCUUGGCCGCCUCCACGCCGCGUCCGUCGCUCCAGAAGUCCUUGGAGCCCACACCGAAGUCGUCGCGUCGCAUCGUGCUGGGCCGUUCCUCUGAGGAGAUGCGCGAGCUGCCGCCGCCGCCGCCGCCGCACUCGCGCAGUGGCAGCAAUAGCCAGCAGCUCGUUGCGCGGCAGAGGGAGGCGCGCGUCUGAUGUUUGUCCUGUUUGUUAACUGUUAUUUUGAAGUGCUCUUCAGUUAUUUGCAAUAAAGGCCACGCCCACCGCAUU